AUGUACGUGCCGUCACAGUGCAGACAGAGGUUGUAAAUAUGGCGGCGGACGGAAUGGUGCUCACCAACCACGACCAUCAGACCCGAGUGGGCAUUCUGACGGUCAGUGACAGCUGUUACAAGAACUUGGCUGAGGACAGGAGCGGAGUCAACCUGAAAGACCUGGUCCAUGACCCCUCACUGUUGGGAGGAGUCAUAGCAGCCUACAAAGUAGUUCCAGAUGAAAUCGAUGAAAUCAAGGACACUCUUUUGGAGUGGUGCGAUGAACAGGAGCUGAAUCUCAUUCUGACUACUGGAGGAACUGGCUUUGCACCACGAGAUGUUACACCUGAGGCAACCAGAGAGGUGAUAGAGCGAGAGGCCCCAGGUAUGGCUCUGGCCAUGCUUAUGGGAUCCCUCAACGUUACACCACUCGGCAUGCUGUCCAGGCCGGUGUGUGGUAUUCGCGGUAAGACUUUGAUCAUCAACCUGCCAGGAAGCAAGAAGGGCUCUCAGGAGUGUUUUCAGUUCAUCUUGCCCGCUCUGCCCCAUGCCAUUGACCUGCUGCGGGAUGCAACGGUCAGAAUUAAAUACACACAUGCCGCUUUGGAGCAGCUGCAGUCCCCUUCCUCUUUGCUGGCCAACACGCACAUCAACACUCACAACAACAUGCACACCAUGGAGCGGGGCACCCAGUGUGAGGAAGAGGAAGAUGAGGAGGAGGACAUUAGGAGAGGUCACCAUGUGCACAACCACCACCAUCCCCAGCAUGGCUCCUCCCACAUCACCGCAGCUGCUAUUGCUGCCAAGACAAGCCAUGCUGUGGUCAUGGCUAAGGGGGGUCCCUAUCUGCCUGGCACCACACCCGCCCCACCCACUCAUUACACCUGCUCCUGUACUCAUGACCAGCAGAUCCCGGACUCGAUCAUUUCUCGAGGCGUUCAGGUGCUUCCUCGAGAUUCAGCCUCUUUAAGCUCCACCCCUUCCGAGUCACCCCGGGCGACACAGGCAACCUCCCGCCUUUCUACCGCCUCCUGCCCGACACCCAAGGUUCAGUCACGAUGUGGCAGUAAUGAGAACAUUCUGAGAGCAAGCCACAGUGCAGUGGACAUUAGUAAAGUGGCACGUCGUCAUCGCAUGUCCCCUUUCCCAUUGACGUCCAUGGACAAAGCCUUCAUCACUGUUCUAGAGAUGACACCUAUUCUGGGAGUUGAAGUCAUUAACUACAGAGACGGUUUGGGUCGAGUGCUCGCUCAGGACAUCUACGCCAAAGACAACCUUCCUCCGUUCCCCGCCUCUGUUAAAGAUGGCUAUGCAGUGCGAGCUGCUGAUGGCCCCGGAGAUCGCUUCAUCAUGGGAGAAUCACAGGCUGGUCAACAGCCCACCCAUACAGUGAUGCCAGGUCAGGUGAUGAGGGUGACGACCGGAGCUCCCAUUCCAUGUGGAGCUGAUGCUGUGGUCCAAGUAGAAGAUACUGAGCUGCUGAGGGAGUCUGAGGAUGGCACAGAGGAGUUGGAGGUGAGGAUUAUGGUUCAGGCCCGGCCAGGACAGGACAUCAGGCCAAUAGGUCACGACAUCAGGCGAGGCGAGUGUGUGCUGUCUAAAGGAACACACAUGGGUCCGUCAGAGAUUGGCUUGCUGGCUACAGUUGGAGUGACUGAGGUCAGCGUGCACAAGUUUCCUGUGGUGGCUGUGAUGUCCACUGGAAAUGAGCUGUUGAAUCCAGAGGAUGACCUCCACCCAGGGAAGAUCAGAGACUCUAACCGCUCCACUCUUCUGGCCACCAUUCAGGAGCAUGGCUACCCCACCAUCAACCUGGGCAUCGUUGGAGACAACCCUGAUGAUCUGCUGUCAGCUCUCCAUGAGGGAAUCAGUCGUGCCGACGUCAUCAUCACCUCAGGAGGCGUGUCCAUGGGAGAGAAGGACUACCUAAAGCAGGUGCUGGAUAUUGAUCUACAUGCUCAGAUCCACUUUGGUCGAGUCUUUAUGAAGCCAGGUCUUCCUACUACCUUUGCCACAGCUGACAUUGAUGGAGCUCGGAAACUCAUCUUUGCUCUGCCAGGUAACCCAGUGUCUGCAGUGGUGACUUGUAACCUGUUUGUGAUUCCUGCUCUGAGGAAGAUGCAAGGCAUUCUGGAUCCUAGACCUACUAUCAUUAAAGCUAGGCUUUCCUGUGAUGUUAAGCUGGAUCCACGACCAGAGUAUCACCGCUGUAUUCUCACCUGGCAUCACCAGGAGCCACUGCCCUGGGCACAGAGCACAGGUAACCAGGUAUCCAGUAGGCUCAUGUCAAUGCGUAGCGCCAACGGCCUGCUGAUGUUGCCUCCUAAAACAGAGCAGUAUGUGGAGCUACAUAAGGGAGAGGUCGUUGACGUCAUGGUGAUCGGACGACUAUGAUGCAGACUUCAAUGUCACUCGCUACCGAUAACCAUGGCAGUGCCAGGACUUCCUGUCUGGACAGGAUAUGGGCGGGGGCAGGAAGCGAUGCAUGUCUACCUGGUCGCCAUUAGCUGUGAUGUCAUAUGCAACAGCCAAUUGGAGCCAGCGUGGGCUGAAUCCUCAUUGGUCUGCUCUGAGGAGAUCACUGUAUUUCAAUGAAGAAAAAAAAAGUGAAAAGAAAUAUAUAAAAUAUGAGAUUUAUUCUGUAAUAUUAUUAUUACUAUCCUGAUGAUAAUGAUUAUUAAUAUUCUUAAUUAAUAUUCUAUUUAUUAUUAUUGAUUGAAUAUUAUCAUCUUAGUAGUAACCAUUCCCUCUUCUUUCCUGUUCAUUUGCUUUGUGAGUUUCCCUGGUAGAUAUAGAGACGUAAACUUCCCUUUCCUUCCUUCAUUUCUCCUGACCUCUCUGCAGCUUCUUCUUCUUCUUCUUCUUCUUCUUCCUCUUCUUCCUAUUCUUUCUAUUCUUUCUAUUCUUUCUAUUCUUCUUCCUCUUCCUCUUCCUCGUCUUCUUCUUCUUUUUCUACUCCUGUCUCUGUUCUAGCGCCCUCUAUUAAGAUAUAGAAGCUCCUUACCCUGCAGUAUUACUACAUCUCCUCCUACAACACACUGACCCUAACAUGAAUAUUGAUCUAAAGGCUUAUAAGGACAUCUUCUGAUCAAAGCUGCUGAAAUAGUUUGUGCCAGUACAGAAAAAAAAUAUAUACAUUUGUUGCCAAAAAAGGAAAAUAAUAAUAAAAGGAUCCUUUGUAUUGUUUUGUCCAGAUACAGUAUGAUAACACUUUGAGACCAUACUGAGACCCUGAAUCCCAUUGUGACGCUCAGUGAAAGCCAUGAAACUCUUGUAAGUGGCUCAGCUUUAAGGCAGAGUGAGGCUGGACUUCCAUCCUCACUCACCACACCAGAACCCUCCGACAUCAAAUCUGAUCCAAAUCCCGCUGCUAUAUUACACAACGCAGACCCUGCAUUCAAUUGGUGUUUGAUUUACAUACGGUUUACAACUGCAACAUUUCUAUACUUUGUCAUUUUUUCUUCAUUUUUAAAACCUAAAAAAGAUAUGGCUGACUUUAUUUCAUAUUUUUCAAAUGGUCAUGAAAUGUCAUGAAAAGACUAAAACCAGUGCUGAGGGAAACACUCACUGAAGUAAGUACAAAUAAAUAGACACAAAUUUACACAUUAUCAUUUCUACUUUGGUAAAAGUACCAACAUUAUGUUAGUGACAUUCUGUCACUCUGUUCUGUCUUUCAGAAUCAACAACUGACUCCUACUCAUGGAAUAUUGAACUACAAUACUCUGACAAGACUUGAAAACUAGAAGUGAGGGCGUGUGGGUUGGCAGCUGGCCACACUCUGUCCAAAUGUUACAGAACCCACCUACCACUGUCACUACUCAUUAAAAUGUAUCGCUCCAACUCUACCCAUUAACAGCUGGGUAUUGUAGUCUGAGCAUAUGUUACUUCAAUUUUAGUUCCUACAUAAGUGAAUGGGACAUUUACUGUGGGUUGCUUUCAGUAGCAGACUCAUCAUUUGGUGCUAGAUUGAGUAUCUCUGACAGUAGAACAGUGUGUGGAAGCAAGUGUGUAUGUAUGUGUGUGUAGGUUUUUACUGUGUCACAUAGGAUUACAAAUAUUAUCGUUGGUUUUGGUCUUUUCAUGGGAUUUAGUGAAAACAAUAUGGAAUAGUAUCAUUCUGUCAGCAGCCAAAGAUUACUAUACUUAGUCAACAGCGUAUCUCUGACACUGGCUUUGCUUUGUGUUUUGGCUAAUCAGGAGCCACCAUCUUUUUUCAAGUUUUUACCUACAUACCACACGAACGUGAACAACAGAAGUCCAAGUGACAAGACAUGUUUCAAACUCAGAGAAACUCUGACGUGACAUCGCUUGAAAGCAGGAUGUCACAAUCAGGUGCUCGUAAACUGUACAACUAGUGUAUUUCUACCACAAUGGUGUUAAGGUGCUUGUCGAAGUCGGUGCAGUUCAAGGCUGUAAAUCAAACUACAACAUGUGACCGCUUCUCUCUCGAUGUACUGUACUGUAGUCUGAGCAACACUGAGACAUCUAGAAAACCUUCUGUGAGAUUCAGCCCAUGACUAGUUUAUUUAACAAGCAAGUAGAGCUACAGUGUCCUGCUGACUAAAGACCAACCUUAAAUUGUUUACCAGUUAACAAGGAUCAUUCAAAUGCAUCAUAUGCAGUGUGUGAGUUCCAAACAUUCACUAAUGCCCCAGACCUUCUCCCCUGUACUUCCUCUGAUUCUUCCUGUCAGAUUGAUCAGUGCCAAACAACCCCUCAUGGUCAAAGGUCUGAUGCUGCUUUCAGGUCAUAGUGGAAACGCUCGUAUUUAAAUGUAAUGUUACUUUACAACACCCACAUGACAUUGUUGGAGUUUUUCUGAUGUCAUUCCUACUGAUGAUCAUAGUUAAGACAUUUGAAGUUAAUGUUCUUUCCAGAUAAGAACCUUGUGUCUACAAAAUAAUUUUUACCUGAAUACCACACUAGUCAGUGUUUUCUGACCUUUGACCCUCUCUUUAUAGGCUGACGCAGUCUAUCUCCACCUCUCCACUCAUUCCUUCCUCUCCUCAUCCUCCACUUAUCCUUCCCACACACUUGCAUGCCCAUUAAAGGGGUGGGGGGGUGUCUUUCUCUUUGGGCAGGAUUGAUUCCAGGCCUGAGACCAGGGUGCAGCGUCUGGACUUCUUCUGAUCUGACUAAAAACUACAUUUAUGAAAGAUCUUGAUGUGACUACUGGUGCGUAAGAUGAGUUUUCAGAGCCCAGGCUCGGGUACCAACACAGUCUUCUCAUUCACUCCUCUGGCUCAGAUGUCAGAAACUUUCCAGUUACCUCAAUGCGCACCAUACAUCUGCCUAUGGCUCAUGCUGGGUUCAUGUCAUGUAAUACAAAUUGGAAAAACAGGGUGAAAGGCAAACAUAAAUUCACUGAAAAGUCCAAAUCCAAUUUUUUUUUUAAAUAAACUGUAUUAAAACACAUUUAUUAUAUUGCACAUCCAGAAGCUCAUAUUUACAGGAACCCAUAGUGACAUGAACGCAGCAUCAGAGCUUGUCCUGGCACCUGCCCAAGGAGGACCAAUCAAUCCCAGAUAGAUACAUUUGAGUAAGAAGAAGCAGGUUCUUGUUAAACUGCCUUUGUACUGAGUGAUUCGUAACACUGGACUGAACUCAGUGUCACACUGCACAUACUAUAAACUAUGACCAGCACUUGUAAUGAAGCAAUGACACAGCAUUCUACUACUACUGUAUAGAUAUGAUAAAGAGGAUGUUUUUUUCUGUAAUAUUAUUGAAACUGAAGAUGAAUUAAUAAAAAUAAUCCUGA